UUCCGUGCGGCGAGUUUUGGCUCGGUCCCAAAUCGCAUGAUGACGAUGAUGAAGUGAGCGAGAGAUUAAAGGGUGAAGUGAGUCUUCAUCAUCAUCAUCAUCAUCAUCAUCAUCUGUGCGCUCGGAGCUGCUGCUGCUGGUGAUUUAACACAACAGUAAACAUGGAUUUAUCUGCUGUUAUAAACGCGCUGCAGACACGGGGGCAGGAAGCAGCAGUGCGCGCGCUGGAGGGCUUUAAUAAAGAGAAAAGUCAGUGUUUCACAUUUAUAUCAGAGGAACAAGAGGACAGAGAGCGUCUGGGCGAACUUCUCCUGUCCUUUCUGGAUCGUGACGUCCAGCCGUCGUGUAAGCUGGCAUGUUUGGAGACGAUCCGCAUCCUGUCACGUGAUAAAAGCAGCCUGGCUCCGUUCUCCAGCCGCCGUGCCAUACACACACUCGCAUGUCACGCUGCACUCGCACCCCCUGAGGGAUUCUGGCCACAGGUCCCUGACCUGGAUGUGAUCGUGGAGGCGCUGAAGUGUCUCUGCAACAUCAUACUAAACAGCGGUGAGGCGCAGGAAGCUGCUGCCCACUUGGGUCUGGUGGUGGGCGUAGUAGAGCGUCUGAAACAGUGCCGUGAGUCUCAGUGGAGCUCGGACAUGCGCUUCUUUGACCUGCGGCUGGUGUUUCUGCUGACGGCGCUACGUGUAGACGUGAGGGCUCAGUUGGCCCGGGAGCUGAGGGGAGCUCGGAUUCUGGCCGACGCCCUCGAUGCCACGCUCGGCCUGCAGUGGACAGACGCCUACGAGGUUUCCCGCUCCGGUGCAGAGGGACCAAACGAUCUCCCACCGCUCGGGAGGAGUGAGACAGAGCGAGCCAUGGAGAUUCUGAAGAUCCUCUUCAACAUCACCUACGAUAAGGGACGCCGCAAAGUGGACGAGGAGGAGGCGGCGACAUACAGACACCUGGGCGCCAUACUGAGACACUGUUUAAUGAGUACAGCCGAGGGAGAGGAACGCACAGACGAGUUCCACGGUCACACAGUCAACCUGUUAGGGAAUCUCCCCCUGCUGUGUUUGGACGUGUUGCUGAUUCCUAAAGUGCAGCUCGGUUCCAUUGAGUACAUGGGAGUGAACAUGGACGCAGUGAACAAACUGCUGGAGUUCAUGGAAAAAAGACUGGACAGAGGGAAUAAGCUGAAGGAGAUGCUGCUGCCGUGUCUGAACCUGCUGACGGAGAGCGCGAGAAUCCACAGAGAGACGCGCAAAUUUCUACGAAUGAAAGUUCUCCCCCCACUGCGGGAUGUAAAGAAUAAGCCUGAGGUGGGAAACGCUCCAAGGAAUAAACUGGUGCGUCUGAUGACUCACAUCGACACGGACGUGAAGACCUGCGCUGCUGAGUUCCUCUUUGUGUUGUGUAAAGAGAGCGUAUCCCGGUUCAUUAAGUACACAGGUUAUGGGAACGCUGCAGGCCUGCUGGCGGCUCGAGGUCUGAUGCGAGGCGGCUGGGAGCCGGGACAUUACUCUGAGGAUGAGGACAGCGACACAGAGGAGUACAGAGAGGCCAAGCCACACAUUAAUCCUGUGACGGGUCGAGUGGAAGAAGAGCAGCUGAACCCGAUGGAGGGAAUGACGGAGGAGCAGAAGGAGGACGAGGCCAUGAAGCUCAUCAGUAUGUUUGAUAAACUCUCCAGGGAUCAUGUGAUUCAGCCCAUGAAGCUCGGGCCAGAUGGAAAAAUGACCAAACUGGAGCCACACGAGCUGCACUGCCUCACACAGCAACCGUUUACUGGGCACCAGAGGAACGAUGAAGACGAGGAUGAGGAAGAGAUCUCAGACUGAACACGUUCAGAGAGUCCAGCUGUGUGACCUGCUGUCAGGAUGACAAAUGGACUGGAGAUUUAGAAUAAACACACAAUGUAUUGCUAACCUUUCAGCUCCUUUUCUCUCACACACUCAACACACGUUAUUCCUGAGCUCAGGUUCAGUUUACAGACCUUCUGGAAUGUUGUGUGUGUGUGUGUGUGUGUGUGAAGUGAAUCUUGCUGCUUCUCGUCAUUUACAUGUAUCUAAUAUACAAAGUGUGUAAUUAUUUUUCUUCAUGAGGUGUUUUAGAUCUUGGACCUGAAACCAGCAGCGAGAAGCUUCAGCAUUGUGUUUGUGUCUGAGCUCAAGGAGGAUUUCUGAGUUUCUGGUUAAUUUAUUACUCAAAGCUGAUGGGUGUAACAGUGACGUGUGGAUGAGCUGAACACACACACACACACCACACUGAACACACACACACCACACUGAACCCACACACACACACACCACGCUGAACACACACCACACACACACACCACACUGAACACACACACACACACCACGCUGAACACACACCACACUGAACAAACACACACACACACACACACACCCACCCCACAAUGCACUGAACACACACACACCCACCCACCCCACAAUGCACUGAACACACACACACGCCACGCUGAACACACACCACACUGAACAAACACACACACACACACACCCACCCCACAAUGCACUGAACACACACAAACUCACCCACACCACGCUGAACACACACAAACCCACCCACCCCACACUGAACACACACACAAACCCACCCACCCCACACUGAACACUCACCCAAACCCACACACACCACACUGAACACACACACGGUGGGUAUAGGAGUAUGUGUGUGUUUGGCUUCUCAUCCGAGAAACACUAAUAGUGUUUGUUGUGUUACUCGAGUCACACAUCAUGUUUCUUAAAUUUUACUGCUAGAAACAUUUCUACUGUUGAAAAUAGAUUCAGUGUCGUCAUAUAUUUCAACCAUAAAUUGGACAAAAUCACAAGAAGCCUUGAGGUAUUUUCCCCGUUCCACCGAGUGCAUGGACACUGAUGUAUUUAUUUAUACUCGUGUAAUUAUAGCUUACAUUUUUCAUUUCAAUCCUUUAUCGAACUCGUCAACACUUUGAUCUGAUAUUUAUUUUAUUUUUAUCGUUCUUAAACACAAAGAGCUAAAACUGAGUAAAUUAUAAAAUUCAUUUGAUGUUUUUUAUCAAAAUGUACAAAACUCACUCGUGUUUGAUUUGAGGAAAGAAUUAAUUCUUCAUCUUGCUGGUAAAGAUAGCAUUUUAUUUUAAAAAAGAUGGAAAAAAAAGAUGAACAAAAAAAGAGCCUGGUGAUGCAUGAAGCGCUGUGAGGAAUCUGGACCGGCGCCUUUACACAUAAAAAAAAAUAAUAAUUCCACUCGCAGAAAAAUGUGGUGGAUUUGUUUCCUUUUUUCCUCAACAGGACAUCAGUGUGUGUGUGUGUGUCUGUGGCAAACGUUCGCUACAUGCAACUGGACUCCACCUGAGCUUCAGGGUUUUACACUUUAGAGGGAAGAUUUACAGCACGGCCUCAAUAAGUUAAAAACUAUAGCAAAAGGUUCUGCUCAAAUCUCACUAGAUACAUUUACAAUAUAAUACCUGUGACAAAAUAAACCGUUCCCCGAUUUAAAAUGCACCCCAGAAUCCUCCUCCACCUCAUUGUUGUCAUCGUGAAUAAAAUGAGAUUUACAUG